AAGUUAUCUUGUUCUGUACAGGUGUUGGCACAAAAAUUGAUCCAACUUUGUGCCGGGCUGACCGAAUGGUUGGGCAGGUUCUUGGUGCAGUUGGAGCACUGCCUGAAAUAUUCACGGAGCUAGAAAUUUCCUAUUUUCUACUUAGGCGACUACUAGGUGUACGCACUGAAGGUGACAAGAAAGCUGCAAAGGUGCAAAAACUAUCCAAGAAUGAAGUUUUAAUGGUAAAUAUAGGAUCGUUGUCUACUGGAGGAAGAGUUAGUGCGGUGAAGGCUGAUUUGGGCAAGAUUGUGCUAACUAACCCUGUGUGCACAGAAGUGGGAGAGAAAAUCGCCCUUAGUCGAAGAGUUGAGAAACACUGGCGUUUAAUUGGCUGGGGUCAAAUUAGAAGAGGAGUGACAAUCAAGCCAACAGUGGAUGAUGACUGAAAAGCAGAAAUGAGUACUUCAUUUUGCUAGAUGGAGUGCCUGUUUCCAUAUAUUUGAGGGGUACAUUUUUGGAGUGGAAUUAUUUGCACAGCUCCCAGUACCUUUAAAAGUUGUAUUCUGAUGUCUCCAUUCAUUUUACUGAAUUUUACCCUCAUUAAAAUAUUAGUCAUUGUCUCCAAUAAAAAGUGUAAAACAGUUGGUGUAGAGAUGGGUUUAAUUUUCCACCUUUUGGAAGAAAAUAAUCAGAGAUGUCUCAUGCCAUGUUUAAUUUAUGUUAAUUUGUCAUUCAUUAAAUAGAUAUUUGUUUCAAAAUUAGUCAAGCCAGUGCUAAUGUAACAUGCACAGACCUGGUUUUUGAAAUAAAAUAUUGCUUAUUUUUCACUAAUUCUCAAAACUUUUUGAAUAGUGAGAGGCUACAGGGAUUGUUCAGCUGCUACAGGAAUAUAAAAAGAAAAUACUUCCCUGGACAAACAGUGCCUUUUUGGUCUGACACCUCACUUUGUUCAGGUUAAGCUUGUUCAGAAGACAUUUGUUUUAAUGUCUUUUAGUUUUUUGCUUUGUGAAUUGUGACUGUAUUGUAUUUUACAGUUAGGCUGCCUACAAUGGUUUUUGAUUAGUUCUGGAAGAGAAACUGUUAAAGCUGCAAGGGGUAAAAAAAAAAAA